CGGAACCGAGUGCUACAGCGUCCGCUGGACCCCGCUGCGCCCCGACGUGACCCUGAAGGACUGUUUUUCCAUGGCCAAUGUCUCCUGGUAUGGAGGGCCGAGCAUCCAUGCCCAGCGUUGGCCCCUCAACAGCGCUGAGAGCCCCGCGCAGCCCUUGGUGAGCGGCGACCUCAGCGCAAACCCCGACGGAUUCGGGCCCCUCCUGGAGAGGUUCUUCCUGGGAUCCACAGGAGUGACGGUGACAGUGGCUCCCGACGUGUCCCUGCUCCUGUCUCUGGAGAGCCACCAGCAGUUCUGCCUGGAGAUGCCAGUGGGGCGAGCGGAGCCCCUGCACUACCAGCUCUGUGUCAGCAACAACGUGGCGGCCGCCCGCCGGCACACGGCCAGCGCUCCAGCUCGGACACUGCCGGACACAGCGCUCCUGGGGUCUCCCAUCUGGCGCUACCAUGGCCCAGAGGGUUCUGCCGCCAAAAUCAAGCGAGGCCUGAGGUCGCUGGUGAGGAGGCUGAAGCGGCAUCGCCUUCAGGAGGGCGUCGUGGCCCUGGGGGAGCGCGGCACCGCCGUCCUCGCCGCCACGGACCUGGUGCCCUCGGGGCGCAGGAAGAGGCAGGCCCCGGCGCUGGUGGAACCUCUGGAGCUCUCCAUCACGCUGUCCCCGUACGCUGGCAUCGCCUCCCCGCUCUUCCAGCGCUCCCUGCGCGGUGGUGAGGCCGCGGGAUACUGGCUCAGCCGCCAGCCCCGACCCGGGGCCAGCUCGAUCCCGCUGCUGACCACCUGGAAGGGGCAGCUCUGCGCCCGCCUGAACGUCACCAGCGAGGCAGCGCUGGGCUGGUACCUGGCUCGUGCCCGAGACCUGCGGCAGGCACUGGGGGCCACCUACGUGGCCUUUGAGGGAGUGGAGGGCAAUUCCUUCCUGGAGCAGGAUGUCCCUGCUCCUGCUGAGCUGGAGGGUGAUGGAUACACUGAGGCGCUGGCGGCAGCGCUGGCCACGCUGGGCAAUGGCACCAUUGUCAGCGCCGGGAGCAGAUCCAGUCACCUCCCGCUGUUUGUCCAGAUGAGGCCCCUGCGCUCUGACUGGAGCCACGCUGGGCUGAAGGGGCUCAUCCCCUCCGUGCUGCACUACAGCCUGCUGGGCUACAACUUCUUCAUCCCUGAUGCAGUAGGAGGGAGCGAGGCUGGAGCCACCCCAGGGGACCCGGAGCUGUUUGUGAGGUGGCUGCAGAUUGUGACAUUCCUGCCCGUGAUGGCCUUUGGGACCCCGCCCUGGCUCUGCUGUGACACCUGGGUCCUGAAUCUGACCCGCCAGUGCAUCCAGAGGCACCGGGACUUUGUUGUGCCCCUGCUCCUAAAAUACAGUGAGGAGUGGCAGAGUUUGGGGUACCCCAUCUUCCGUCCUGCCUGGUGGCUCAGCCCCACGGAUCCCGCUGCAUUCACCAUAGAGGAUGAGUUCCUCAUAGGAGAUGAGGUCCUGGUGGCUCCAAUAACAGAAAAGGGACAAACGUGGAGGGACAUCUACCUGCCAGGAGAGGGGCACCUGUGGCUGGACACCAACACUGCCCGAGUGUUUGAUGGUGGCACCACGCUCAGGAAUUACUCUGCCAGCCUGGCCGAGGUGCCAGUGUUUGUAAAGACCUCCUGAAUCCAGGCUCUGGGACAGAGACCUCCAGGGGCAGCACUCCCCUCAGACCUCCAGCCUCUUUUGCACUUUUCCCAGAUCCUUUUUUUGGUUUUGUUUUGUUUUUUACUUCAGCAGAAAUUGUCUGGAUUUUCUAACUCGUUGUUACCCUGAAGCAGUGGCUCUGCCACCAACAUCCAUCCACACAGAAUGCUGCAUUUUUUCCAGGGUUUUCCUGGUGAAAUAUUUGUGUGUGUAUGUUCAGGUGGCAUAUCCAGCAUUUCUAGGUCCCUGGAACUAUGCUCAGAGAGGCAGGGAGAGGAUUUUCCAGGAGAUAAACAAACAUCAGCUUAUGCCUGAGGAGAAGUUUUGUAUUUAAUGAAAAAAUUAAAUCUAGGGGAAAACUACCAGGGUGGUUUUGGUGCUGUGUGUGGCCACCUCCUGUGCUGAGCAGUGCUUCUCCCAGCUGAGGCUGUGUGUGGUUUCCAGGUAGCAAGAGCCCAUUUUCUGAAUAUAUUUGAGGAAAAGAGUGAAUUCCAGGUGUAUUUGAAGCAGGCUUCUGUGGAAGAAAAAUAAACUUGAUCAAGCAGA